AAAUUAUUUCUUGUUAAUCUCAUCAAAAUUUUGCACAUGCAAGGAUUUUUGGACAUCUCUGGAAUUUAGUCUAACGAAAAGACUAUGUUAUUAGAUAUUUCAGCGAUACCUUUAAAGGAGGAUCAUCUUGAUGAUGAAUUAAUUCAAUAAUAGUUAAUGAUUUUACAAUCAUAAGAAGCCAUUAGAGAAAAAGAUAAUGAUGAAGAUGUAGUAAAACAUGCCAGACUACUUAAAAAAAAAGUUAUUCAUUCUUUAGAAAAUUAUUCUUAAAUGUUAACUAGCAAAGAUAAUUCUAUAAAGAAGGUUAUUAAGUAGGAUUUGUACUUAAUAAAUGAAGAAUAUUAAUAAUUAUUAAUUAUAGUUGAUGAAGUUGAAUCAAUAUCAAAUGAAGUUCAAAUGAUAAUUAAAUUAGUUGGAGAGUUUUUAGAUAAAAUGACUUUUAAAUAAAAUGAAAAGAGAGAAAUUUAAUAUUCAAAAACAAUGUCAGAAAAAUUAUAAAGAGGUCCAGUAAGAGCAAAUACUUUUUAAGGUCAUUCUUAUGAUUUUUAUUAAAAAUAAAGAUAAUUUCCAUCAUAACAAUUAUAAUAACAAUAAUAAUUAAGUAAUAAUUCUUGUGAAUCAGAUGAUAGCACAGCUGUUUCAAAUAAAACAUUAAGUGCUCUAAGUAAUAAAAUUUUAAAUUUAAUUCAUCAAUUAUAAUAGAAUGACCAGUAUUAAAGAAUAACUCAUUAUGCUUAAGAGAUAUUGAAUAAUUCAGAUAAUAUGGAAACUUUUAAAUUGCUACGAUAAUUAUCUAAACAAUUUGAAGAUCCUGAAGUUAAGAAAUUAGUCAAAGCUUGCUAUCUUAAAUCUCUUAUUUAGGAGUAAUCUUAGAAUAAUACUUCUAAAAGAGAAUUCUAUGAUUUAGUCAUAAAAUUAAAAAGUUAAGUGCCAGAAAAUAAUAAAAUACAUUCAAUGAUGAUUAGUUCAUUAUAUGAUGACGUUAUAAAAAAAGGAGUACCAAAUACAGAAUGGGAAGCUUAUAUGAAAUAAUUAUGCAAUUGA